GCCCUGUCUCCGCCCAAGCCUCUUCGUCUGCUGCACGCCCACGACCCUCUUGCCUCUUCAUCGCAAGUUCCGGCCGGCGCCGCGCAAGCCUCCGUUCACUCGCAUCGCCAGCUGGUCCCACCAUAAGCAUCAGUCGCCCUCGCCUGUCCGAGGCCGCGCGCGCCAGGCGCCAUGAACGCCAUCCAGCAAAAGUGUCGGCCCAAGCACCAGGUCCUCGUGCUCAAGUGCUAUCCCAGGACCACCAAGGGUGCCGUCGACGUCAAGCCCAACUCGAGCGAGCUGAGCUACCUGCUCUUCUAUGCGACCUCGCGCCGCUCAAAGAUCCAGAAGGUCGGCCAAUUCCUCGAGAAGAAGACGGCCAGCGAUGUGUGGCGGCUACGCAUUGGCAAUGUCCAAGUAACCUUGCAGAUCCUCGCCGCCCUGAUCGAGAAGUCCCCCAAGGACUUGCCCUUGUUCGCGCCCAACGUCCUCAAAGUGCUCGGCUUGAUCCUCAGAUCCCAGGAUCUGACCAUGGUCGAGGCUUCCCUCCCCACCUUCGAGAUCUUCUGCGAGCACCAUGACGCCGCCGCGCUCUUCGCCGACCAGUCAUAUCUCGAGCAGUACAAGGAGAUCACAAAAGUCUACGCCGGCUUUGCCUCGACCGUAAGCUCGCCUACAAAGACGACUCCCAGCAAACCUAUUGCCAUGAGAUGGAGGAGUGUCGGCCUGAUGGCGAUCAAGAGCAUUGCCCAGUCCGACGCCCUAUCCUCGGUAGCGGGUCGGCAGCUCGAAAUCACUGUGCCGAUGGUGCUCGAGAAUCUCUGGACAGACAACGAGGACUUUUUGCAGGUCCUCCUCCAGCGGGCAAGCUUGGAGGAGAAGACGGACACCACGACGCCGCUGCGCCGCCGUACCAGCAUCUCCACAACUCAGACAUCCGAGACUGGCGGCGACACAAACCCCCUAGCCCUCUCCGGCUCCACGAACGACAUCGACCGCCUAGCUGAGCAAGACGUGGGUGUCCUCGCAAUGCAGUGUCUCAAGCAGAUCUUUGUUGUGCCCAACAGAGCGCAAGUGAGCGGUGCCACGAGGGCGCUGAUUGAGUUCAUCAACGAUCGCCUCAAGCAAAACGAGGUUGUCGUCAAGGUCCACCCACACACCGGCCAAGACAAGGGCUGGGCGGUUGCGAUAUUUGGCCUGGCAGCCAGGUGGGCACCUGUUCAGGACCGCUACAUCAUCCUUAUCACGGCCAUGGAUGUACUUUCGAAGACACCGCUGACCACCGAGAACGUCAAGCUGCAUAAUGCUCUGGUCGCAAUCGUGGGAUCGCUCUUGCGAUCAGACGUAAAUCUGAUCGGCUUGAGCGUCAUGGACGUCCUCCUGGGUCUGCUGCAACUCCUCAAGAAGGCCCUCCGUGGUCGAAUCAGUAACAGGGCUGAUACUGGCGUGGUUGAAGACGAAAAGGCCGGGCAGGCCGACUCGGCUCCUACCGAGCACGAUGAGCUGCUGGAACGGAUUCAAAAAUGUAUUGGCUAUCUGGCGACACACGUCUACUAUGGGGACCAGGUAACGGAUAUGAUGUCCACGAUACUAUCGUUACUCAGGCUGCAUCCUGCUGCGACCGAGACAGCAUCUCCCGCUGAGAAGGGCGAGGCGCGCGUUGGUGCUACCGAUUCCACCGCCAAUCUCUCCGAUGACCUGCAGCAGCUUGAUAGCCUGUUCGCAGCGGAGGCCGGGAAGGUGUUGGCCCUCAAGGCUAUCAAGUCCAUCCUUUUAGUCGCCAAUUCCAAGGCGAAGGCGGAUGGCCGAUCAACCUUGAGCAGAAGCAAGGUCCCGCUUCAAGUAUGGGAGGGCACCCAUUGGUUGCUGCGCGAUCCCGAUGCCGCAGUACGGGUAGCUUAUGCCGAUGCCCUGGUCACUUGGCUGGAUCGUGAGACAACCCGCCGUGAUGCGUCGGCGGCCGAUGACGCAAAGCCAAGGGUCGGGCGUGUUGGUCGUCGUGACUCGCCUUUGGGACACGGCACACGCAGAGCAGUGUCCAGCGCCUCCAACCGAGAGCGACCUGCGAGGUUCCCACGGUCUCACUUCCUUCGCCUCCUUCAUCUCGCUGCCUACGACAAUGCCAUGCAGUUCAUGGACAGCGAGCCAGAUAUUGUGUUGCUGCACAUUCUUCUGGCUAAACUUGUCGACAAGCUGGGCAUCAAUGCUGUUAGAUUUGGCUUGCCGAUGAUAUUCCGACUACAGGAAGAUAUCCAGGAGGCCGAGACGCCCUUGCAGAAAGUCCGACUUGGUUGCCUCUGUCACGGAUAUUUCCUGGCAGUAAGUGUCAAAUUCCAGCUAGAAGACUCUAUCAUUGGCAGGGCCAUCCAGGCAGAGAUCACACGCAGGCGCAGCAAACAAUUCUGGGUCGAGGGGAUCCAAUUCCCACCACCUACCGUGGAGUUGGCCUUCAAGACGCCACGAGCAGAGUUCUCUCUGCCCAGCCAGAAUGUGGAGUCGGAAGCGCUUUUGCCAUUCGACGAGCGGUUUCCACUGGUCGAACAGCUUUGUGGUCAGUACCAAGAUCGUCCACAAUCGCCCUCACUGAGCCCGCCGUCUUCUCCCGGCAGGACGAUGGCUCAGCCCGUACUUGGGUCAGCAACCUUGGCAGUUCCCUCGGCGACACAAUCUGACCGCGAGCUCCCCAACUAUAUGCGGGAAGACAUGCUUGCAGAAUGGUCGCGGGAGGCUACGCUUGCUGCCGUCCAGGAGGGCAGCAAGUCUGCAUCCCUGAGCGGCUCCAAAACUGGUACUGCCAGCCGUUUUGGGGGCAACGGUCUACAUCCCAAUGGGUAUGCUAGCAGCAGACCGCCCUCGGCGUACGCUCAGAACAGCAUACGACCUCUGUCACAUGUUGGCGCCUCGCACAUCGCUGCCCUCCGGAAGUCGAGUCUGCCGAGUCGCGGGUCAACAAGAAGCCAGUCCCCGCGCGGACAAGUGGCCUCGGUUGACCAAUUGAAGUCGGUCCUGAGUGGAGAGUCUGUCAGGCCGUCCACUUUCAACGUAGCUUCAUCAGAGGAUGAUGACAGCGACAGCAUGGCCAGCCACGACUUCGCACCAUCUGAGUUUUCAGUCAGUGAGGGAUCUCCAGAAGUAGGACGAGCUAAUGGCGAUGGCUUGACACGUACACGCUCAAAGUCGAGUAUCCGCAAAUCAAACGGAGAGGACGGCGGACCGCUCUCAUCAAACCCUACAAUCACGGCCCAGGAGGACUUGGAUGGCGGCGUGCCGCCUGUGCCCCCUUUGCCCUCCGGCGUGACUGGUGUUUCCCCAGUACCAGCAACAGCCGACGCAGUACAGGCUUCGAGCCCUGUUUCACAGCAGCAAAGGCCCAAGACCGGCAGGAGAAGCAUCAAAUCCCGGGCGGGUGAGGGCAAUGGCGGACUCAAUGGCGGACUCGGAUCCGAGAGUGGUAACGCGAUGGACUUGCAAUCCUUGCUGAAGGGGAUCGACAGCAAGUCCCGAGAACAUACAAUUGGCAGCCUGACGAAGCCGCCGUAUUGAAGUACAUAAUCUGUUGUACAUCAUUCAUGGAAGUUGGCGUACAUAAAUCCGCAGAGUGCGACGGAAACUUGGGUGGCCAGCGAGUAGCCCCCAUGCAUGCACGACGAACCAGAAGGAAAAAAAAAAGAGAGAGGGUGACAUUGCACACAUAGGCAAACAAGAAACGACAUAUAUAGACUUGACCCGCGCGGCCGCACGGCAUUGCAGCGAAGGAGUCCGGGGGGAGAAACGCUCUUCAGCAGAGCGGCGGCAUACCUAAUAUUCUCUCAUGUACAGCGCGAAGGAGAAGAAGAAGAAGAAGAAGAAGAAAAGGAAAUACACAAUGGCUUGCAGAUCUUGCCUGCUUGCUUGCUCAUGCUUCAUGUUUCUUCCAUGUCUGACUUGACGCCGAGACUUCCUCCCCGGGCUCGCGUGAUGAUUAUAUGCUUGCUUCUUGUGCUG